UUUCCCUACAGAGAGACAGAGUGCUAAGAAGUUGUAGGGUGCCCUGUCUUAUCAUAGCAGUUGGGUGGACCAGAUCCUCUUGAUUUGCAUUGUUGUUAACUGGAAUACAUAAAUAUAAAUAAAAAAAGUUUUGAUGAUGUAUAGAGUAUUGGUUAAAUGUUUGCUAAAUGAUUGUAUUGGCCAAAAUGCAUCCAAGAUGUGAUAAGAAUAUCUUAUUUAAAGAUGGGUUAUUUGUCAUUUUUCACGAAACACAACUGGGAAUAUACAAUGGAAGGGUUACAUAUACAUGUGGAAUGGUGGUUGGUAAUGGCUGUUGUUUAUAUUCAAUAUAAUGUAAACAUUUUACUUUUUAAAGUUUGACACACUGAUCUCACGAUUCAAGUGAUCAAUAUGCAAUUUACAGAGUUACUUCACACCACUUAACCUUUUCUUCAUUCUUACACCUAUACAGUCAUUCUACAAAAAGCGAAUAUUAUUAAAUUCCGAGGCCAUGAUACAACUGAUUCAUUCAAUGAUUAGCUAAGGGUUGGUACCAAAAGUUUUGAAAUAAUGAGUUAAUUUUAUUAAGGGGAAGGGGUUAAUGACAGUUUUGUAGAUAUUUAAAACACCAAAUCAGCUUUUUCAAAUUUCAUUAUAUGGAUGGAAAGGGGAGGGCAAAACCAAAAGAACUUCAACAUUUUGACAUCAUCCCUACCCAAAUGUAAUUUUUGUAAACAAAUUUUCAAGUAUACAUGUAAUAAAUCUAAAUCAUACAGUCACUAGAAAUAGACGGAAAAACUGCGCAAUUUUUAUUGAUACAGGACACACAGAAAAUCUAAUCUAAAAACAUAGCACAAAAACUAAAAUCUGAAUAAAAUUGAUUGUACGAUGAUGAAGCUAAAAAAAUACUAGUUUCUGCAUCUUUAUCUCAAGUACAAUAAACAAAAUUUGGAAAUAAACAAAUAAAUAAAUAAAUAAAAAAUAAAUAAAGAAAUAAAUUCAUCAUGUUGGACAUUUUGAAAGAUAUGUUAUAUAAAAUAUAUUCUUUAUAUUAUACAUUUGUUUCUUUAUUCAACCAUAAACACAAAAUCGACAAUGAUUCAAGUGAAAGUAAUACACCUGAAAAAAUCACAGAUGAGGCCAUAGUGACAAAUGCAGAAUUUGGAAAUGUCAUGAAUGAAGCCAGACAGUGUGAACCAUGUAUGGAUGGCAACCGAGGAACAUGUACUCUUGAACUGGAGGAUCAAGUAUCUAUACUUUUUGGUUUUGAUGGAGUAAAACGCGUUGGUCUUAAACCAAAUGAAACCAAUUUCUCUAUCUAUUUACAUGACAAAGAUGAUGAUUCAACUAAAAUGAAAAUCAAAGAGAAAUAUCCUCAGCACAAGUUCAAUUUUCGGGCUUCACCUAGAACAAAGUCAUUUUCAUUAGGAUGUGCAGUAAUGGGAGAGAGAAUUGGUGGUACACCAACAAUGGGCACCUUAGGUGGCCACAUAAGCUUCAAUUCAAACAUAUAUGGACUGACAUGUCAUCAUGUUGUAAAGGGUGUGCCUCAUGGAGGGGCGGUUGGAGUAUACAAGAAUGAACAAGCUCGAAUAACAUGGGAUCCAAUAGGUACAGUGGAAUGUACUAUUGCACAUGACCAUCCUGGCAAACAAGUGGAAACAUAUGAUAUCGCACUUAUUAAGAUGGCAAAACCCCAACAAGAUGACUGUAGAAGUUGUGAAACAGACACAAUUGAUGGUUUGACACAGCAAAGAAAUGAAAAUCAAGCUGUUGGUGAAAUCACAGUUCAUAAGAAAGGAGCAGUAACUGGGGAAACAGAGAGUAUCAUAUCAGAUCUUCGAUACGCUGGCAAAAUUCCUUUUGAGAUAGAUGGAAUCACAAAAGAUGUUACACUUCUGAGGGCAAUUCAGAUAAAAAAUGAUGGCCCAAUACCCUUCGCUAAAAAGGGCGAUAGUGGAUCAAUUGUCUACCAUCGAGAUGACAGUAAAAAUUUAGUUAUUGGGAUGUUCUAUGCCCUAGAAACAACAGAUGAAGGGAACUUUGCUUAUGCUUUCCCACUGCAGAAUGCUUUAGAGAAGUUAAAGGAUAUGUACCCAGAUAUUUUGCGAGAUGCUACAUUUGGACCAAAUGGAAAUGUUAAGUUUACAUGCUAUGGUGAGAUAUGUCAAGAAGCUAUGGAAAUAUAGACAACAUAGACAUAGUAUGAUGAAAACCUUAUGCAAAUUGUGUGAUAUAAAUAAUGAAUAAGAUAUAUAUAAAUAAGUAUUUAUUUGCUCAAACUGUUGAGUGCUUACACAGUAUUUACAUUUUAGAUUGUGACUGCUUGCAUAUUAAAUAAAACAUAUUUAUUAAUUCAUACGAGUAUAUGAUAGAUGGCAACUAGUGGAGCAACUUGAAUGUCAGUGCUCGCCACUCACCCUUUGAACCUGUCUCAAUUGCUCCAGUGCGUUUUUUCAAACUCGGGCAGGCAGGCAUGUUUUAAUUGGUCUCCUAACACUCUUCGAGGGAGUUUUUCAAUUUUACAAUAUUCCCUCAUUUUUGCGAGCGACACUCGAUCACGAUCACUGUGGUAUUUUUAAUAUUUUUACUCGAGUGGCAUUUUUCUGCCGAGUUGCAUCACUAACGGCAACAUGGAUCGUUUGAUUGAUGUAUGUAGCAUGUUAUUUCUUGUUAUUUGUUAUUCCGUAACUAUAGUUGUUAUUCAUUACAUUGAUGAUAAUAAAUCUAUGAUUGAUCAGAUA